AUGGAAAUCUGUUUUUUAAAUGUUUGUCAUUUGAUCAAAAAUACUGAAUAUAAAUUCUCAUUCACAAAAACUAAAGAUACACAAUCUACGAGGAUAAGAAUUUUAAUUUAUAAAAAAGAUGUGCCAGUCACAACGCAAGAAGCUAAAGAUAAGGGUUAUUCAUUUGUGAUAACUUCACGAGAAAAAACAAAUUAUGAAGCAACUAGUUUUAUUGUUUUACCGCCACAAAUUUUAGGGAUAAAGAUUUUUUACGAACAAAAACUUGUUUACGAAAAUAAUAGUAUAAAUUUUUUUAUUAAAGAAUCGAUUAGAGAAACUAUUCAUACUGAAGUUAGACUUAAACCUGAUUAA